AUGGUUUUGUCAACUAUACCGAAGAUACUCUUUUUCGAUGUAACAUAUGAACGUAUGAAAUCAUUAAGGCUGGCAUUCGAAAGUACAAACCUAAAUAUAAGUGUGAUUGGAAAGAAUCAAGUAGAACACAAAAUAUUUGACGUGAAGUCGACCUUUAGCGCCUAUAAGACAUUGCUAAAUCAAUGUCAUAAAACCAGCAAGCAAAUGCAAAUUGGGAUGUUGGGUAUUCUGAUAGCUGACUACCCGAACAUUGUCCUGUUUUUGUAUCAAAUAAUUAUAGUUUACUACGAAAGUAAAUGGUGGAUGAUGACUCCAUUAAUUUUAAAAAUUGUGAACACAUUAACAUUAUUGUUUACGCCUGCAAUUUUAUCUGAAUUGAUUAAUAUUGAAUAUGAAAAAACAUGUGACGUUUUAAGAAGAAAAAUAGCGGCUUGUGAUGAUGUAUCUUUAAGAGAAGUAAAACAGAGAGCCUACGAUUACAUAAAGAUGCGCCCAUACAAAUUCUUCAUUGUCCGAGCGGUCUCUCUCGAUGUGUCAAUGCCACUCAGCUUCAUCGGUUUUUGUAUAGGCCAUCUUAUCGUUAUUUUACAAAACAAAAAUAGUAAUUAUGAAUUAGUCAAUUAG